AUGUUAUUCGCCCCCAGUGGACCUCAGAGCCCCCGUCGCCGUAGUCGGAUCAAGGCUAUCCUCCUCACCAUCUUCAUCGUCAUCGCCAUUUACCUACUGUUCUUCACCAAAACAACCACAAACGUUCCCGUCAAAACCGAAAUCGGCACAUAUGCAGACCGACAUGGCGCCGCAACAACUUCAAAACCUGCAGGCGAGCUGGCUCGUCCUGUUGCCCAGAGUCAAAAGGUCAUGGUCGUGGCCAGCAUGAAAAGCGAUGACACGUCGUGGCUGUCAGAGAACUUCCCCGACUGGACAAAGAAUAUCUACGUGGUGAACGACAAACGCGCACCGUUGACGGUGGCGACCAAUAAAGGGCGCGAGUCGAUGGUCUAUCUGUCAUAUAUUAUUGACAAUUACAAUAAUCUACCCGAAACAAUGCUUUUCAUUCACUCACAGCGCUUCCAAUGGCAUAACGACGACCCAUACUACGACGGCGUCCCGCCGCUACAAAAUUUCCAGAUUCCAUAUUUACAAGAACAGGGAUACGUCAACCUGCGCUGUGUUUGGACACUGGGAUGCCCUGCGGAGAUCCGCCCACUCACCGACACGCAUCGCAACGACGUACAUGCAGGCGAAUACUUCAAGAACGGGUUCAUGGAGCUGUUCCCCGGCACCCCCGUGCCGGAGGAGGUGGGCGUGUCCUGUUGCGCGCAGUUCGGCGUGUCUCGCGCGAAGGUGUUGGAGCGGCCGCGCGAGGACUAUGAGCGCUACCGCGAAUGGCUGUCGACAACCCCUUUACAAGAUGAUUUGAGUGGACGAAUUAUGGAAUAUUCGUGGCAUAGUAUGCGACUCCUGUCUCUUCCUCGAUACCGUAUGCUGACAAGUACUUUAGUGAUAUUUGGAAAGAACCCUGUGCAUUGUCCUAAUGCCGCGGAGUGCUACUGUAAAGUGUUUGGGCUGUGUGAUCUGAGUUGCCCGUGGGAGGGCGGUUGUGAUGACCGUUAUGCUUUGCCACCGUAUUCUUCGCUGCCUAAAGGAUGGCCUCAUAUUGGAUGGAAAGGCCAAGCACAAGACACUUCACGUGGAUUGCCAGAAACUUGA